CGUAAGAUGUCGCCACAGGAAACAAAGCGGCGAUAAAGUUGUGUUCAAAGGAGUUUCGCGCGCGAGUCUCAAAACAGACGAACUCUGCUCUUCUGGGGGAGCGUAAGAGCGCGCUUUUAAAAUGUUUGCCGCACCGCCACAAUAUUAUUAAUAGAAUCGUCUUGAAAUUUACUUUUUACCGGCAACACUCGAGAACACUGGCGGUAUUUCAACUUGGUGCAGCACACCUUUUGCAAAACUGCUUAUGAUACUGUGAUGUUAACGCCGAAAGACACUUAAAAAAGUUAUUGUUUUAUUUUUUUUAUUCUUUUUAAAUUUUUUGGGUUUAAUUUCAAAAAUGGGUGCAAACGAAACGAGUUAUUGGUGCGGUGUGAAUCGGUUAGUGAUUGUAAUUUUGUGUUGUGCUAGUUUAAUAAGUUGUUAUAACGUUGAUACAGUAAACUUUGUCAAACAUACGAGAAGAGAUCAGGAAAUGUUUGGAUUUAGUGUUGCUGCUCACAGAGAAAGAGGAAAUAGUUGGAUAUUAGUUGGUGCCCCCAAAGGUCAAUCUCAUAAGCAGUCUUUACAGGGUGUUAAAAAAGGUGGAGCAGUUUUUAAAUGCGACACGACGAGAAACGAUUCAUGUAGCGAAAUAGAAUUCGACCCAAGAGGUGAUACCAUCAGAAAUAAUAACGUAAUCGACAAGAAAUCCGAACAAUGGUUUGGAGCCACAUUACAUAGUGCCGGAACGGAUGGACCAGUUGUGGCUUGUGCUCCAAGAUAUGUUUGGUUUACCAUGAGGAGCUCUCCACGUAGGGAUCCCGUGGGAACGUGCUUUGUAGCCAGAAACAACUUCCAGAACGUCUCGGAGUACGCCCCAUGUCGAACGUCAAAUUGGGGUUAUAACAGACAAGGAUGGUGUCAAGCAGGAUUUAGUGCAGCCAUUUCCAAGGACGCGCGGAGAUUGUUCAUAGGCGCCCCGGGCAGUUGGUAUUGGCAAGGGCAAAUGUACUCCGUCGACGCGAACGCCGAAUUUCUAUACUGGCCCGGCUCUUAUCUACCUUUCGGUGCAGGGCAAGUAAUCCAGAAAAAUUUGGAAAGUAGACCAGCUGUUGUACAAACUGCAGAAGGUUCUGCAGUCGAUGAUGACUCAUAUUUGGGUUACUCAAUGGUGGUAGGUGACUUCAACAACGAGGGUUUUCAAGGAAUCGCAGCGGGAAUGCCUAAAGGAAAUGAACUUAGAGGAAAAGUUCUUUUGUAUACAUGGAACUUGACGAAUUUCAAAAAUAUCACCGGAACCCAACUCGGUUCUUACUUCGGAUAUUCAAUCGCUGCAGGAGAUAUUGAUGGAGAUGGUUUGGACGAUCUUGUAAUAGGAGCUCCUUUAUUCACAUUACCAAAUAAUGAAGCAAAGUACGAAGUUGGGAGAGCGUAUGUUAUUUAUCAAAGCAGUUUGGAGGGAAGCUUUAGAAAAAUCCACGAAUUAGAUGGAUUCAAUUCAAAAUCUAGAUUUGGCCUUUCCGUGGCAUCUCUAGGAGACAUAAACUUGGAUGGAUACGGAGAUUUUGCAGUUGGAGCCCCAUAUGAUGGCCCUAACGAACGAGGGGCUGUUUAUAUCUUCCACGGUUCACAAAAUGGUGUCAGAAAAAAGUUUACACAAAAAAUUACUUCGGAAGAGAUGUCCUUACGUUAUGGUGGCCCAAUAAGCACAUUCGGUUUUUCGAUUUCUGGUGGUGUUGAUUUGGAUGGAAACGAUUAUCCCGAUACAGUCAUAGGAGCAUAUUUAUCAAACACAGUCUACUUUUUAAGAUCACGACCCGUUGCGAAAAUCGGUGGAAAAGUUGAGUUUGCAAUUCAAAAAAUUAUAUUGGAGCAAAAAAAUUGUACUUUACGUCGCGAUCCCGUAGCUUGCACAAGUUUUAAAGUUUGUUUCAACUAUACUGGAGUAGGUGUCCCACUUGAUAUAAGAUUGAAUGUAGAAUAUAAUUUGGAUUCAAAGAAACCAACGGAUCCCAGAAUGUUUUUCCUGGACUACCCCAAUGAGCGUGCCAUGAACGAAUCUUUCGAUUUGAGAAAAAACCAAAGGGAAAAUUGUAAAAUAAAAUACGUUUAUGUAAAGAAUGAAAUUCGCGAUAAAUUAAAUCCGUUGGAAGUGGAAGCAAAGUACUCGAUGGAACAUGGGGAAGCUUACGACAGGGGACAAUUAAUUCCUAUUCUUGAUCUCACUGAACCUCCAAUAAGAAAAGAUUCAAUUACGGUUCACAAAAAUUGCGGCAGUGAUAGUAUUUGUAUCCCAGAUCUAAGUUUGACUGUUAAACCAAAUUUCGAACGAUACCUUUUGGGAUCAAAAGAAAAAUUAGAAUUUGAUGUAAUCGUAGAAAACGCGGGCGAAGACUCAUUUGAAACCACCUUCAGUAUUCAAAUUCCUGAAGGCGUUGAUUUUAACAAAGUUGUUGAAGUAGAUCGUAAUGAAGUGAGGGUCUCUUGCACCGCUGGAGAAAAUAACACCAUUAAUUGUGACGUGGGUAAUCCGUUACCAACAAAAACAAUCGCACAUUUUAAAUUAGAACUAAAACCAUAUCAUAAAGAAGGAAUGAAACCAUCCUACGAUUUCUUCAUGGUAGCUAAUAGCACAAAUCCAGAAACACCUGACACUCUUUUCAAUAAUAAACUCGCCUUAUCAAUUCCAAUAUACGUAAAUUCAACAUUAUUUAUUCAUGGAAAAACCAAACGUACAGAAAUCCGCUAUAACGUAACUAGUUUUGAAUCAAAAACAAUUAAACACGAAACUGAUAUCGGUCCUCAAAUCCUCCAAAAAUACAUCAUCAAAAACGAGGGUCCUUCCACAAUAAAUGAAACAGAAAUGGUUUUCAUAUGGCCAGCAGCUACAAAAGCCGGGGACGAUUUAAUGUAUCUCGUUGAAGGGCCAGAAAUUGAAGGAGACGUUGUUUGUGAAGAAUCAUACCCUAAUCACAAAAAUUAUUUAAGAGCUCAUUACAAAAAAAGCAUCUUAGCAUCACUAGAAGACGAAAUAACUCAAACAGAAACUUCUUCUUCAACAUCAUCCAGCAGUUUUAGUAGCAGCGGAGUAAGAUUAGAAGAAGGUCCCGUACGAUUUGGAAAAUUACCAGAAGAAACCAAAAUUGACACAAACAGAACUGAAAUAAAUGUGGAAAAAUCUGGAGAUGCUUCUUUUGUUCACCAACAAAGACAGCAAGAAGUGUUUGAGGAAAGUCAAAAAGGACACGGUUCUGGCACCAAAACGGUUCACGUUACAGAAGAUAAAGGUCAAGGUCAAACAGUUACGACCAUUACAACUACUCAAAAUAGAACUACACCGGUUGUGACAACUAAUACAUUUUGGAAAAACACCACUACAUUUUAUGGCCCUGAUGGAAAUGUUGUAAAACAAGAAACUACUUCUGGAGGAUCACCAAGUGGAACAUUCGUUCAUCAACAAAGUGGUACUCAACAUUCUAGGGGUCAAUACGGAUCUACGGAUGAAUAUGGAAAUACUAGACAAUAUGGCGGCUCAUCUGGAUGGACUCAACACACAUCUAGUCAAGGUUCUUCAAGGGAUAAACAAUUCAAAACAUCAGGAGAUGCAAGGUAUGAAGGUGGUAGAACAGAUGAACAAUCUAGAAGACAAUACGGUAGUAAUGAAGAAAGAAGAUAUCAAGGAUCUAGUUCUUCAGGAUCUCAUGCAACAUUCAACGUCCAAAAUAAAUCCUCACAUCAGCAAUCAUCAAAUCGAAACAAUGACAACUAUCAACCCGUCAUUUACAACGGUGCUUAUGCCUCAGAAGAAUAUUAUGGCGAAACUAAUAAUUACGAUGUUGAUAAAAAUCGUCUUCGCCCCGAUGAUGAAAACCAACGAAACGAUGGUUAUUCAAGAGGUCAUUCAACAUCUGGUCGAACUCAUGAUUAUUCGGGUAGUCAUUCAGCUCAAGGUCAUGGUUAUACAGGAUCUCAAUCCUCUUCUGGUCAAACUCACGGUUAUUCAGGAACGCAUUCCUCAUCAUAUGGAAAUCAAAAUAAAAAUUGGGACGAAGAUUAUGCGAAUCACGGUUUAGGUGCUGCCGCUCUUGAUCAUGGCUUCAAAACGGGGGGAUUAGAUCUCGGCAUAUUAGGAUCUGGAAAAAAUGUUGAUGAGACCAUUUCCAGGCCAGCCGGAGAACAUUACGAUCCCGAUUUGGGUUUAAUAUCAACUGCUCAAAGCGGUGCAAAUCGUCAAUCUGGACAUGGAUACCAACAAUCGAGUGGUAAUCAAUGGUCGCAAGAAUCACGUUGGUCCUCAGGAGGGGGCAGUCACACCUCUCUAGAAAGAGAUAACGUCGAAACUGAAAGACCGAAUUAUAGAGCACGUCAUUUGGGGAGAAAGAAAAGGCAGACAAUCGAUUUGAACGCUGCUGAUAUCAAAGAUGUGGUUAAAUGCGAAGCGACCGAAUGCAGGUUUGUAAAGUGCGUUGCUGGACCUUUGAAGAAAAACGAAGAUAUAACGGUUGGAUUUAGGUGGAGAGUUAAUGUACAUACUAUAAGAAACGUCUCAUCAUCACAACCAAUUAAAUUUGCAACGAUGGCAUUAGCAAGAAUUAGUAAAGUUCCAUACAUCGGAAGCCCAAUUAAUAAAACUCUUUUCAAACAUGAAAUAGUAACAACUGUUCUUCCACCUGAAACGGAUGGAGCACCCAGCGUGGUUCCAUUAUGGGUGGUUGUAUUAUCAGCAAUUGCUGGUGUUGUUAUUUUGUUGUUAUUAGCAUUUUUGUUGUACAAGUGCGGUUUCUUCAAGAGAAAUAGAGUAUCGGAUGCCCCAGAAAGACAGCCUUUAAACAAAAACGGACACUACUACAAUGGAGAUGAAGCAUUAUAGACGGCUUUAAUAGAUUUUUUUUUAAUAUUUAUAUCAAAAAAAGCUCGUGAAGUCUUAAACUGCCAUAUAGAUCGAAUUAUUUUUUUAUAGCAAGCCAAUUUAUGAGCGUUAUAAACGUGUCCAGUGAUAUUAUUAGUUGCUGUUAGUACGCUAAUAACCAACCGAUCUAUUGUUAACAGCUUUAACACCAAAAAUACGAAAAGUUAACGCAAAAAACAGAUUUGUGAAAACGACAAACGAAGACUUGCUACCAUGGAAAAAAGUGACCUAACAGACUAAUUAUUUAAUUUAUGCUAAUUAAUAAAUUAAUUGUUCGUGCCUUAGAAGUGCCACUUGUUGUAACUAUAAUUUAUAAUUUAAUUCUAUGUAUGUAUAUGUACUUAUUCUUGUUAAAACGUCCUUGUAGUCAUAUCUGUAUAAAUUAUUUAGAAUCUCGUGCAAUCCUCGUUAGUUCUCUCCAUUUUCCUACUUAUUCUUUUUUGUUAUUAUUUAGUAGAUCGUAUUGUAAUAAUUUAUCUCCGAUUCAAUUCCUGAAUAUGAUCUAUCGUGGAUUUGUAAAAAAUGCAUAUCUGAAAAUACACAAAUUGUAAAUAAAUAAUAAAUUUGGUAAUGUUUU